ACAAGAAACUGUUUAUCACAUGAAAGGACCCACACUGGUGAAAAGCCAUUCAAAUGCCAGUACUGUAAAAAGAUUUUUAGUGCAAACAGUAGCUGCAUAAGACAUGAAAGAACCCACACUGGAGAAAAGCCAUUCAAAUGCCAAUAUUGUCGAAAGGGUUUUAGUGAAAAACAUAAACGUACAGAGCAUGAAAGGAACCACACUGGUAAAAAAACCAUUCAAAUGCCUGUAUUGUGAAAAGAGUUUUAGAACAAAAAGGGACUGUUUAAUACAUGAAAGGAUCCACACUGGUGAAAGACCAUUCAAAUGCCAAUAUUGUGAAAAGAGUUUUAGAACAAAAGGUACUUGUGUAUCACAUGAAAAGAUCCACACUGGUGAAAAACCAUUCAAAUGCCAGUAUUGUGAAAAGAGUUUUAGUACAAAUAGUAACUGUACAGUGCAUGAAAGGACCCAUACUGGUGAAAAACCAUUUAAAUGCCAGUAUUGUGAAAAGAGUUUUCGUUCAAAAGCUACUUGUUUAUCACAUGAAAGGACCCACACUGGUGAAAAACCAUUCAAAUGCAAGUAUUGUGAAAAGAGUUUUAUUACAAAAGGUGCUUGUUUAUCACAUGAAAAGAUCCACACUGGUGAAAAACCAUUCAAAUGCCAGUAUUGCGAAAAGAGUUUUAGAAGAAAAAGUAGCCAUAGAACACAUGAAAUGAUCCACACUGGAGUAAAAUCAUUCAAAUGCCAGUAUUGUGAAAAGAGUUUUAGUGCAAACAGUAGCUGUAUAAUACAUGAAAGAAACCACACUAGAGAAAAACUAUUUAAAUGCCAGUAUUGUGAAAAGAGUUUUAGUACAAAAAGUAAGUGUUUAAAACAUGAAAGGACCCACACUGGUGUUAAACCAUUCAAAUGCCAGUACUGUAGAAAGAUUUUUAGUGAAAACAGUAGCUGCAUAAGACAUGAAAGAACCCACACUGGAGAAAAGCCAUUUAAAUGUCAAUAUUGUGGAAAGGGUUUUAUUGAAAAAGCUAAACGUACAGAGCAUGAAAGGAACCAUACUGGUAAAAAAACACUCAAAUGCCUGUAUUGUAAAAAGAGUUUUAGUACAAAAGGUACUUGUUUAUCACAUGAAAAGAUCCACACUGGUGAAAAACCAUUCAAAUGCCAGUAUUGUGAAAAGAGUUUUAGUACAAAAAGGGACUGUUUAACACAUGAAAGGAUCCACACUGGUGAAAGACCAUUCAAAUGCCAGUAUUGUGAAAAGAGUUUUCGUACAAAGCAUAACUGUACACUGCAUGAAAGGACCCACACUGGUGAAAAACCAUUCAAAUGCCAGCAUUGUGAAAAGAGUUUUAGUACAAAAGCUACUUGUUUAUCACAUGAAAGGACCCACACUGGUGAAAAACCAUUCAAAUGCCAGUAUUGUGAAAAGAGUUUUAGUACAAAAGCUACUUGUUUAUCACAUGAAAGGAUCCACACUGGUGAAAAACCAUUCAAAUGCCAGUAUUGUGAAAAGAGUUUUAGUACAAAAGCUACUUGUUUAUCACAUGAAAGGAUCCACACUGGUGAAAAACCAUUCAAAUGCCAGUAUUGUGAAAAGAGUUUUAGUACAAAAGCUACUUGUUUAUCACAUGAAAGGAUCCACACUGGUGAAAAACCAUUCAAAUGCCAGUAUUGUGAAAAGAGUUUUAGUACAAAAGCUACUUGUUUAUCACAUGAAAGGAUCCACACUGGUGAAAAACCAUUCAAAUGCCAGUAUUGUGAAAAGAGUUUUAGUACAAAAGCUACUUGUUUAUCACAUGAAAGGAUCCACACUGGUGAAAAACCAUUCAAAUGCCAGUAUUGUGAAAAGACUUUUAGUACAAAAAGGGACUGUUUAACACAUGAAAGGAUCCACACUGGUGAAAGACCAUUCAAAUGCCAGUAUUGUGAAAAGAGUUUUCGUACAAAGCAUAAAUGUACACUGCAUGAAAGGACCCACACUGGUGAAAAACCAUUCAAAUGCCAGUAUUGUAAAAAGAACUUCACUGUAAAAGGUAACUGUUUAAGACAUGAAAGAAGGAUCCACACUGGUGAAAAGCCAUUCAAAUGCCAGUAUUACGAAAAGAACUUUAGUUUUAAAAAUACUUGUACACAACAUGAAAGAGGGAUCCACCCCAGCUUUUCAGUUCAGUCUAUCAAGAAAGAACUUCAAGGUGAGACUAUUUCACCCAUGCUUUCACCGCAGUCUGUCAAAAAUGAAGAUUCUGCUUUGGGGAUGAAAGAAGAAAGUAAUUUCUGUACUGAUGCUGUAGUCAGAAAGAAGUUUGAUGAUAACAUUGACCCAAAAGUAAGGCCUGAUAUAUAUCCUGUUGCAUUGUUUAGAAAUGUAUUUGCAGAUUCUGGUGUAUAAUGUCUUCUUUAAGACAUGGAAUGAUCUCUAAGACCCCAUUCCCACAGAUUGUAGAUCAAUCUAUCCCGCAGGGAGUCUCACUAGAUUACUGUCAGAUUAGC